AUGGCUUCAGAUGGUGUGUCGUACCGCACCCUCACCAUUCGAGAUACAGAGGUCUUUUUUCCGUACGAGCCAUACCAGUGCCAGCUCCGGUACAUGGAUCGCGUCCUGGAGGCGCUCGACACGGGGUCCAACGCCCUGCUCGAGUCCCCGACAGGGACGGGUAAGACUCUGUGUCUGCUAUGUGCGACCUUAGGGUGGCGUCGGAAGCUCGAGAAGGAGCUGGCGGAGCACGGCGGGGCCGGGCGCGUCGACCUGCACGCCCGUCCGCGCCACAGAGACGGCGCGGGCCCCGCGGCGUUCGGCUUCGCCCCCGCGGAGCACAAGACGGGCUUUUCGGCGCCGCCGGAAGACGAGAAGCCUCGAUUGGAGCAGAAACUCAUGCAGAAGCUCGCUGCGGGGCGCUUCCGCGCGGUCCUCGGGCAGGACGGCGCGCUCGCGCCCUCGGGCUUCGUGUCCACCGAGCAGGCCGUGCCGCAGAUCGUGUAUUCCAGUCGCACACACACGCAGCUGGCGCAAGUGGUGCGGGAGAUUAAGAAGACACCGUACGGCGCCAAGGCGGUGGUGGUGGGGUCGCGGAACCAGAUGUGCUUGCACGACGAGGUGCGGCACCUGCCCGGGGGCGCCGCGAACGCGAAAUGCCGUCAGGUGUGUCGUCAGGGGAGGUGCAAGUACAGGGGUCGGACUGACCCGUGGAUGGGGGAGGACUCGAACAGAGAGCGGCUGCUGGAGACGCCGCACGACAUCGAGGACCUGCUCGCGAUCGGACGGGACGAGGUCGCAGGUCCCUGCCCGUACUUCGUCUCCCGCGGCCUCGUCGCGCAGGCGGAGAUCGUCCUGAUGCCGUACAACUACAUAUUUGACGAGCAGGCUAAGCGGGGCCUGGAUGUCAACUGGCAGGGCGCGGUCGUCGUCAUCGACGAAGGCCACAACGUCGAGUCCGUCUGCGCCGACUCCGCGUCCGUCCAGAUCUCCCUCCGCGACCUCCGGGACUGCAUCGGCGAGGUCGAGGGCCUCAUAACCAACGGGAUGCUGCUGGCGGCGGGCGGCGCUGGUGCCAACGUGGAGAACCUGGAGGCCCUGCAGAACGUGCUGACGGUCCUGAUCAAGACGCUCGAGGAGGAGAUGGCGGACGCGAAGCCGCCGCCCGGGUUCGGCGGCGCGAAGGCGCCCGGGGGGGGUCAGGUGGUGGGCGAGAGAAUCUUUGAGGGGGGGUGGGUGUUUCGGUGGCUCGAGGGGGCGCAGCUGAACCGGCGGACGUGGAACGUGAUGGAUCAGAUGAUCGAGGAGACGCUGGAGAAGCUGCUGGAGCGGAACGAGGCGGGCGGCGCGGGCGACGGCGGCGGCGGCGGCGCGCUGGGGGGCGGGGCGCCGCGCGUGGCGUCGUACAAGCUGACGCAGCUGCGGGAGUUCUUCGCGACGGUGUUCUCGACGCUGGCGCUCGUGGAGGGCGCGGGCGACGCGUUUCGGUGCCACGUGGCCAAGGUUGCUCCGCGGCAGAGCGAACGAAGGGAGGCUCGGCCGGACAUCAAGCUGUCGUACUGGUGCUUCGCGCCGGGGGUGGCGAUGGGGCGGCUCGAGGCGCUGGGGGUGCGGAACGUGCUGCUGACGUCGGGCACGCUGUCCCCUUUGGACUCGUUCGCGUCCGAGUUGGAAAUUCCCUUUCCGGUGCGGCUCGAGAACCAGCACGUGAUCCAGCCGCGGCAGCUCUUCGCGGCGGUGCUGCGCAAGGGCCCCGCGGGCUGCGAACUGAACUCGAGCUACAAGAACCGCGACAACAACAGCUACAAACGGGACCUGGGCAACCUGCUGGGCAACGGGGCCCGCACGGUUCCCGACGGCAUGCUCGUCUUCUUCCCGUCGUACUCGGUAAUGGAGGCGGCCGUGAGUUUCUGGAAACACGACUUCGUCGGCGGCGAGGCGCUCUGGGACCGCAUUGCCCGACACAAACGCCUCGUCGUCGAACCACGCGACUCCGCGCUCUUCCCGGAAGCCGCGCAGCAAUUCCGCGACGCAAUCGACGACCCCGCGUCCGGCGGCGCCGCGCUGCUCGCCGUGUGCCGCGGCAAGGCCAGCGAGGGCCUCGACUUCUCCGACCGCGCCGGCCGGGCCGUGAUCGUCACGGGCAUCCCGUUCGCGGCCGCGUUCGACGCGCGCGUGCGCAUAAAAAAACAAAUCCUCAACGAAUCGUCCGCGCGCCGGCGCGCGGACCGCAAGGGCGCCGCGGCGGCGCUCACCGGCGACGGCUGGUACCAACAGCAGGCGGCGCGGGCCGUCAACCAAGCCCUGGGACGCGUCAUCCGGCACAUCCACGACUACGGCGCGAUCCUGCUGUGCGACGAGCGCUUCGCGCCGCAGCACAUGCAGCGCCAGCUCUCGAAGUGGAUGCAGCCGCACGUGGCGGUCCACGACACGUUUGGGCGCGCGGCGGGAGCCCUGACUCGAUUUUUCAACGAAAUGGCCCUCAACCCUCCGGCCGGCGGCGUACCGUCGCGGCCGCUGGCGGCGCCGACGCUGCCUGCCCCCGGCGCGCCACCGAAGGCCGGGCAGGCGCCGUCGGCGCUGUUCGGAGUGGGCGGCAGCGUGGGCGCAGGGGGGGGGGUGUUCCCGCGGGCCGGUUUCGCGGCGGCGGCGCCGCGGCCGGGCGGGGCCGGGCGGGGCGUCGCGAUGAGUGUCGCAGGGAUGGCGAGGGCGUGCGUGGCGGGUGCGCCGGGGGCGGCGCAGGGGAGGACUAUUGCGCAAGCGGGAGGGGGCUUUUCGUUGACGCAUGCUGCGUCGGUGGCGGCGUCGAGCGCCGCGGCGCGCGGGCAGGUGGUGCCCCGACCGGCUGGCGCGCCGAUCUCGGAUAUCGACAGUCUGCUCAUGAACAGUCAGGCUCGCUCGACUGCGAGGCCGCCGUCCAUCCUCCAUGUGCCGCCAGCGCACCCGAAGCCGCUCUCGGCCCGCGGCACGGCCACCGGACGGCAAGCACUCGCGCUGUCGGCUCUCGCCGGCCCGUCCCGCGCCGCCACCGACGCCGGAGCGCACAGCACAGCCGCGAAACCUGCGCACGCGGCACCCGCGCCAAACCUCCCCGCGGCUGCGCCGACCGGGGCGGCUCCGCCGUCCGCGGAGGUGUGCGCGCGGUUCGGGUACGGGGCGAAGGCGCUGGGGAAGAAGGAGGCGGCGGAGGCGUUCCACCGGCGCUCGAAACAGGUUUUGGCGCCCGCGGCGAGACAGGAGUUGCUGGAUGCUCUUCAGGCGUUCGCAAAGGGGUGCAAGGGGGCGGCGGACGAGUCGGAGGCGUACUCGCAGGCGCUGGGGGCCCUCCUGGAGCGCGUCGUCCCGACGCUCAGAGGAGACCUGGAUUUAGUACUGCAAUUCGCAUCGUUCAUCAAGCACGCCCACCGGCCGCGGUACCACCGCCGCGUGAUGCCGCUCCUCGACGACGCGACGCGCGCGCAGCUCUCCCGCGUCCUGCUGCACGAGGAGGCCAAGCGCGCCGAACGCAAGCGGGCGCGGCAGCUCCAGGAGCCCUCUGCACCCGGCACCGAGCCGCUGACGUCAGGCCCGCCCGAGUCAGGGGACGCGGACGCCGAGAAGCGGCGGCGCGUGGAGGUCGUGCACGGAACGACGUGCGCGCACUGCAGCGGCGCGAUUCGGGCGCCGCACCGCGCGCCGUGCGGGCACAGGGCGUGCUACGCGUGCUGGAGUCAGGUCCUGGGCGAGGGGGGGAGUAAAGCGUGCCCGGUGUGCCGGCAGCGCGUGACGCGCGGGCAGCUCACGCGGGAGUGGAUGGCAUGA